CAGUCAGUCCUGGAGUGAAGCUGCGGAGUGAGUGUGUCCUCUUACCUGAGGGCCCCGCAGACCUUGCUGUAGCAAAGUCUCUCCUUACUCUGGAGAGGACGUCCUGCUCUGGGCGGAAGCUUUAAUACCAACUUUCCAGGAGGUGGAAAGGUCCCGGAUAGCCGGUAUAGGGCAUGUCUGUACUGAACUGACCAAAUGGCUGGAUUAUUACCUCUUCUGGGGGUCGUCCUGUGUACCCCUGCUUUACUGAUGGCUGAAACUCUGGUGGAUGGAUGUGGGCACAUGGUCAUGAACGAAGAAGGAGGAACACUGACAUCCAAGAACUACCCUGAAACAUACCCCAACCAUACUACCUGCGAGAUUACUAUCAAAGUGCCGACUGGUAAAAAUCUGUAUAUAAUGGUGGCCGAUUUGGAUAUGGACUCCCAAACUUCUGACACUGCUUUUCUGAAGAUCUACAAGGGGUUCUUAAAUGAAGAAUACGUGACUUUCGGUGGAGAUACGAGUAUUACACAUUGGGAAGGUUUCUUAGAUGGCAAUGUUGCUACCAUUCGUUUUGAGAGUGGCCUUCAUGUAUCCGGUCGAGGAUUUUUGAUAAACUAUGCCAGCAGUGAUCACCCAGAUCGCAUUACCUGCUUGACCCGUGGAAACCAUUAUGAAGUCGAAGAGUACAGCCAGUACUGUCCAGCGGGCUGCAGAGAUGUAGCAGGAGACAUAGCUGGAGAUGUGGUUGAUGGCUACAGAGAUACUUCGUUGCUGUGCAAAUCUGCCAUCCAUGCUGGUGUAAUUGCAGAUGAACUUGGGGGCCAGAUUCACGUGUCUCGGCUCAAGAGCUUAAGUCGAUACCGAGGGGUGCUGGCGAACGGAAUCCUGUCUAAAGAUGGCUCACUUUCAGACCGGAGGAUUGUGUUUAACAAUCUAGAUUGCAGAGCCUCACUGACUGGUAGGUUCGGAGCAGAUAGAUUCUCAGCCACAUCCUGGUGGAAGUGGACCAGUAAUUCUGGGGAGGUCAUCGACUGGUCACCAGAGAAAGCACAGCUAAACACUCCUGGAGUAUCGUGGGCAUCCAAUCACCAGUCUGAGCAGGAAUGGUUAGAAAUAGAUUUUGGAGAGAAAAGAAAAAUAUCUGGUAUAGUGAUGACCGGAUCCACUGUACCAAGUUUCAACUACUAUGUAAAAUCCUAUACUAUUAGCUUUCGGAGGGAUGGACCUAAGUGGAGAACAUAUAAGGGAGCUAUCACCAAUGAAGAAAAGUUAUUGGAAGGCAAUUCAAACUAUCUGGAUGAAACACGUAACAACUUUAUUCCUCCUAUUGUGGCACGAUACCUGCGCAUUGUCCCACAGACCUGGCACCAACGCAUUGCAAUGAAGACCGAACUUGUGGGCUGCUCUUUAGCACAAAACCAUAACUCAUCUACACAUCCCAUGUGGAAAAAGACAAAUGUUCGGAAUGCUAAAACACCAACAAAAGAAGAUAAAACCAUCACGGAGCAGUUACCUUCUGAGAAGACCAUGUUGGGAUGGAUGGCAAUUGCUGUAGCUUUACCAAUUAUUCUGCUAUUGUUUGUGGUUGUAGCUGUGAUCACCAUAUGCAUUUUGCGAAGGAAAAGAACAAACUCUGGUAUAUACAAGUCAACUGAUGACCAAGAGAGUGGCUGCUGGAAGCAACUUGAACAGCCAUUUAUGAGACAGCAAUCUACAGAAUUUACCAUCAGUUAUGAUAAUGAUGAUAAAGGCACGCUGCCCAAGUUUGAUCCAGUGAAAUGUGACACAGAAGACUAUCAGGAGUCCCCCAUGAUUGGCACUGGCUUGGUGACAAGAAAAGGAUCCACCUUCAAACCUAUGGACACAGAGGUGAAAGACUAUCUUGGAAGUCGAGAGAUUGAGAACCAUUAUGAUUUCCCACAGAUUCGCAGUCGACAUGAGUAUGCAUUACCUCUCAAUUACCCUGAGCCAGAAUACGCCACUCCUAUUAUAGAGCGCCAUGUGCUGCAAGAAAACGUGUUUACUGGCUACAAAGUACCUGUAGUAUCUCCAUACGAUCAACAAAAACAACAUUCCAUUUCUCAUCAUUCCAGUUUCUCUGUAUCUAGUAGCUCAGAAAACAGCGGAGGCGACUACCAAACCCCCCAUAGCAUCAACCUAGAAGAGAGUGAAUAUGAUAAGCCAAAGGUUCAUAGCGAGUGGGCAACAGUGAAGAAUUGUGAUUGUAAGAAGCCACUAUUUCAUUCCUUGGUGGCAGAUGGUUAUUCAUCCCCAAGAGACUGUUUAAAACCCAUUCCUCAGACUGCAGUCACCUCUCUGGUGUGACCAAGGAGAUGAGCCACUGCACAUACCAAAUAGCCAAUGUCACUGCUGAAGAACAUUGUUUACAUUAAGCACACUAGACUAUUUUUGUGGUUGCUAGUGGAUGUCACAUAUUUUUUAAGACUAUUACUGUGAGAAGGGUGUUUUAAAUAGUUUCAGAGGCUUAUCUUAAAUAUAUGGACCGAUAUGUGUCAGAAACAGUGCAUGUUUACAUAAAUGUAUUGCUUGCCAAAGAUAUGGCUUGAUGACCACACAAAGAAAAUCCAAACAGUAACAGAAGAGGUAUGGAGAUGAGUUACUCAUUAUAUAAAUAUAUUUAGGAAAUCAACAAAAUUUAAUCAGGUUUACAUACGAAGGUCUUCUGUACACAGAUAGUUGAGUCUCUGUCAGAUUUUAUUAAACGCUCUCUACCUCCUAAAGGACAACUAUCAUGAAAUUUUCAUUUUUUUUAAAGGAACACUAUAUCUUUAUGAAUACAUCUGUUGCUGUAUUCCUGACAUUAUAGUGUUGCUGUCCCUAUUACUAUUGGGUCACCUCCCAUUCAGCAUAGAAUGGGUUAAAAACCAUCUUUUUACUUGUGUUUUUUGCAUCACCAAGGCUUCCUCUGCAUUUCU